CUUAUAAACCACAACAAAGAAACAAACAGAAGAAGAAGAAGAAUAAUUUUCAAUGUACUUGUGUGUUUUUGUUGUGUUUGUGGCAGAGGUAAACUGAGGGAGGAUAGUUUACACCCCAGAGUUCACCUCACACGGUGAUGCUGGCACUUGAGGCUGACACUUGUAGUACCAACAUUGCAGGUCAUCCAGAUACCAAAAAAUUGCACUUGUGCCAUUAUUCAGGUUAUCCUGGCACCAGAGGUUUUCAUAACUUGUUUGUGUACUCAGUUCAAAACACAUUCUUUGUGCCUCUGAUAAGUUAUCUUAGGUAAUUUAAAGUCAUUGUAGCAAUCACUUGACUUUAUAGAAAGCACCAAGACCAGUAGAGAGAAAGAAAUCAGAUUUUUGUGACCAGAAAAUAACCAUAAAUAUGGUUUUGUAAUAUGCGUGAGAGGUAAUACAUCAACUUAUAUCAGUAUAUAUCGUUCUGAAGAUUGUUGUGAAAACUUUUGAAAUGGUAUUAGAGAAACCUGUGAAGUGCUUUGCCACGACUGAGGACUUGAUCCAAGGAAUUUGAUAUUUUCUAAUUCCUUAAAUCAUCUCUUGUGUUUCCCAGACACUGGCCCUUAUGAAGUUAGUAAUUUCUGAUGUGUAUAAUAUCACGUACCAGUAUUCCAAAAAUAUUGGUUUUCAUUGUAAAUAGAUAUUUACAGAAAACAGUUUUGGCUAAGAUUAUAAUUCAUAUGGAAGAUUAUUUGAUCACUGUUCAAUAUGUCUAAAACACUCAAAAAUAAAUGUGUUCAAGAAACACAAAAUGCACUUCACUCAGAAGCUCUUCACUGCUCAGUAUGUCAAAAAGUCUUCCUCAGAAAAUCUGAUUUGAUGAGACAUAUAACAAAUCAUAUUAGAGAGAAACCAUAUCAGUGUUCAGAGUGUCCAAAUGCCUUUUUGAACAAGUCUGAUUUAAGGAAACACAUUCAAGUUCAUACUGGGGAGAAACCACUUCAGUGUUCCGAAUGUCUGAAAGAUUUUGCAAACAAAUCUAAUUUAUUAAGGCACAGGAAAAUUCACACUAACGAGAAACGUUAUCAGUGUUCAGACUGCCUAAAAACUUUUUCCCAAAAAUAUUUAUUAGAUAAUCACAUAAGAAUUCACACUGGAGAGAAACCACAUCAGUGUUUGGAGUGCCUAAAAAUGUUUUCACAAAAGGCUUAUUUAAUAAAUCACAUGAGGAUUCAUACUGGAGAGAAACCAUAUCAGUGUUCAGUGUGUCUAAAAGACUUUUCUGAUAGAUCUGAAUUAAGAAGACACAAAAGAAUUCAUACUGGAGAACAACCAUAUAAGUGUUCAGAGUGUCUAAGAAAAUUUAAUAAAAACUCAGAUUUAAUACGACACAUUGCAGUUCAUACUGGAGAGAAGCCAUAUCAGUGUUCGGAAUGCUUGAAAAGCUUCUCAGAUAACACCUAUUUAAUAAGACACAUGAAAGUUCAUACUGGAGAACAACCGUAUAAAUGUUCGGAGUGUCUAAGAAAAUUUAAUAAAAAAACAGAUUUAAUACGGCAUAUUGCAGGUCAUACUGGAGAGAAACCAUAUCAGUGUUCGGAAUGUUUAAAAGGCUUUUCACGUAAAAAUAAUUUAGUAAAACACAUGGAACUUCAUACUGUUUAAGAGACUUUUCAGAUAAAACUUAUUUCCUGAAACUCCUGAUAAUCCUUACGCAUUGGAAGUUGUAAAGUAAAAUGAAGGUUUAUUUCUUUGUAAAGGUUACAAUAUGUAAUUACAAUUUUGGUUUGCUAAGUAGAAAGAAAACCACUAACAUGCUGGGGCAUUUUGGGUAGACUAAUCCUAACCCUUAAACUGUCCUGGAGUUUACCUGGAGAGAGUUCCAGGGGUCAACGCCUCCGCGGCCCGGUCUGUGACCAGGCCUCAUGGUGGAUCAGAGCCUGAUCAGCCAGGCUGUUACUGCUGGCUGCAUGCAAUCCGACGUACGAGCCACGUUCGUAGCACUCCAAACGUAGAUCUGUGCUUUCAAAUGGAGAAAAUAGAGAUCACAGCACUACGCACGUGAACGUACAUCUACGUUUGGACAGUUUAAAGGUUAAUACAUAGUAAACUACUUAAAACUAGACAUGAUGAUAGUACAUAGUGAUUACUUAAAACUAGACAAGUGUUUUACUUGAUUACAAUUAUAUUUAAUCUUAAUACUAAUGCGAGGCAGUCAAGGUGGAGGUUUAUUAGAAUAAUUUGAAAGUUAAGACACAUGUGCAACAUCUGGUUAUCUUUAUUGUAGACGUUUUGCCAUCCAGUGGCUUUAUCAAUACAGAUUCUAGGACAUAAUAGGAAGACAGUAGAACUAUAUACAGAAGAUGAGGUAAUCAGUCCCUCAGCCUUGGAGUUAGCGUUCACAGCAUCGUGGUGGAGGAGAAUCUGGAGCAAAGGCAAGAAGACUGGUGGUUAUAAACGUCUACAAUAAAGAUAUCCAGAUGUUGCACAUGUGUCUUAACUUUCAUAUUGUCGGUAUUUUAUACCUUUCUUACACAUACAAUAAUAAUCUUGAAGUUGCAUAUAAUAAAAACUAUUACAAUUAAUGGUUCAUUCAGUAAUUUUUCAUGGACUGGCUGAAGUUUAAAAGUACAGAGGCCACAUAAAACACAACUAAUUACCAGUUGUUUUGGUUGAUUUGGUUAGUGUUGAGAGAUAAGAUGGUUUUUUAGCACAGUCCUAAAUUUGUAAGUAGUCAGGGGAUCUUUUACCGGCUCUGGUAGCGAGUUCCAGAUCUUCAGGCCCUUUAUAUGCAUAGCGUUCUUGCAUAGUGAGAGACUGGCACAAGGGAUGUUGAAAGUGCCUUAUGCCUUGUAUUGUGACUGCAUUCUGUUGUAACUGUCAACGAGUAGUUUAAGUGGAGGGUUUAUAGUGGAAUUUAAUGUUCUGUAUAUGUAGAAGGCAUAAUAAUAUGAGUGUGUCUAGUAUACGUAUUUAACCCGUAAACGGUCCAAAUGUAUAUACACCUACCAUCCGACUUACGACCAAGUUCGGUUCCGAGAAACCGGUCGUAAGUCGAAAUGGUCAUAAGUCGAACUUUACUACUGAAUAUCAACAAAACAUUUUUGUAAUGACUUUAUUUUAUUGUUUUAUUUUGGUAUUUCAUGUUUUACUUUACUUUUUAUGUUGUUAGUACUGUAUUUUAUACUGUAAGGUUUAGGAUAAACACUGUGUACAACACAAAUACUUGUUUAUUUCCCAGAAAUUUGGCAUAAUAAACACGGUCGUAAGUCGAGUGGUCGUAAGUCGAGCAGGUCGUAAGUCGGAUGGUAGGUGUAUACGUUUUUUCAACAUUUGAAAGUAUGUAAAAAAAGUAGAUCUUCUUUUUGUUUUUUUUUACAUUUGAAAAUGUGUAAAAAUCUUUGAUCUACUUUUUUUUUUGUUAUACAGUGGUCCCUCGCUUUUCGUAGUUCUCGGCAAUCGUAAAUUUCGCCAAUCAUAGGGGUAUUUUUGUAUAAACAUGGACUCGCUUUUCAUAGGUUGACUCACGAAUAGUAGUUCGUCCGGGACGCGUACGCACGGUGUGAGCCGGGGCGGCCUCCCUACCCAGCCAGUCUGGCAUUGUUUACCAGUGAGUGAAGGUCCCCUCAAGUGCUCCUACGAAAUAUUUCAUAAUAUUCCACUCAUUUUAGUGCUUGCAAGUACUAAAUAAGCUACCAUGGCUACAAAGAAAGCUCCUAGUGCCAAGCCUGUGGUAAAGAAGGUGAGAAAUAUGUACAGUGACAAAGUCUUGGGCCAUUUUAGGGAAGUGUUAAAGAGACGCCAAAAACAGAGCUCUCUCCACAGCUACUUUGCGAGACAGGACUAGAGUGACUCUCAGGGUGGUCCUAGUGGCAUUAAGAAACAGAGAAGAGAAGCAAUUGGUACCUGAGGUGUUGCUGGAAGGGGAUUCCCCUUCCAGCACUAGAAUUCACCAUCAACUGUUUCAACUACAAAAUAAAGUGAUCGGAAAUUGGUAAUUUGGCCAAUUUAACACACAAAGUUCAAAAUAUUCCAAUUUCAAAAUAGGGUCCAGAAUAAACAAUGCAGACAUUCCUGGCACUAAAGUAACAUUUUCUCUGUUCAUUAGUUACGUUUUCAGGCUUUACUAAUGAAUUACAUUUUGAUUUUUUAUUCAAAUGAAUUUUUAUUCAAACCAAAAAAAUAGAAGAUUUACUGUUAUGCAAUAUUGUAAUAUUUGUAUAAAUAAUAUCACCACAUUUGUGAAUGUAUAUUAGACCCACCAGCUGGCGUGUAUUAGACGU